GAGAGAGAGAGAGGGAAGAAGAAAAGGCCUAAGCGCAGAGCAGCUGUUGGUGGCUGUUGGGUUUUGGGGUGGGCUCCCCCGCCCCCCCAACGAAUGUGAACAUGGCCCCUCUCACUGGAGCCCUUUUCAAGAUGCUCUUUCUUUUGUCCACUCAGAACUGGAGCACCGUGGCAGCAGGGAAUACUUACAAUUGCGAUGAGCCGCUGGCAUCUGCUUUGCCUCAAGCCUCCUUCAGCAGCUCCUCGGAGCUGUCCCGCAGCCACGGUCCGGGGUUUGCAAGGCUUAACCGAAGAGAUGGAGCUGGUGGCUGGUCCCCACUGGUGUCAAAUAGAUACCAGUGGCUGCAGAUUGACCUUGGAGAGAGAAUGGAGGUCACAGCCGUGGCCACCCAAGGAGGCUAUGGGAGCUCCAACUGGGUGACCAGCUACCUGCUGAUGUUCAGUGACAGUGGGAGGAACUGGAAGCAAUAUCGACGAGAAGAGAGCAUCUGGGGCUUUCCAGGAAACACCAAUGCAGACAGCGUGGUGCACUACAGGCUCCAGCCCCCCAUCGAAGCCAGGUUCCUGCGCUUCCUCCCUGGAGCCUGGAACCCCAAGGGCAGGAUUGGGAUGCGGAUCGAGGUGUACGGAUGUGCCUACAGAUCUGAGAUGGUUAAUUUUGAUGGAAAAAGCUCCUUGCUGUACACAUUCAAUCAGACAUCUUUGAAUCCAACAAAAGAUGUGAUUUCUUUGAAAUUUAAAACCAGACAGAGCAGUGGGAUUCUCCUCCACAGAGAAGGCCAGAAUGGCAAACAUGUCACUCUAGAAUUAGUUGAAGGCAAACUCAUCUUAUCCCUCAAUUCAGGUGAUGCUAGGCUUCCCUCCACUGACGCCCGCACUGACCUCACCCUGGGCAGCCUGCUGGACGACGAGCACUGGCAUUCUGUCCUUGUUGAGGUCCUCGAUACUCAUGUCAACUUCACCGUGGACAGACACACUCAUCAUUUUCAGGCAAAGGGAGGAUCAAGCUAUUUGGAUCUUGAUCAUGAGAUCAGCUUUGGAGGGAUUGCUGGAGGUGGAAAAUCAGUGGUGUUCCCACAUAAAAACUUUCAUGGCUGUUUAGAAAAUCUUUUUUAUAAUGGAGUGGAUAUCAUUGAUUUCUCCAAGAAACACAAACCACAGAUCCUGAUCAUGGGAAAUGUGUCCUUCUCGUGUUUGCAACCUCAAACUGUCCCUGUGACUUUUCUGAACUCCAGGAGUUACUUGGCCCUGCCAGGCACCUCGGGAGAGGACAGAGUGUCUGUCACUUUCCAGUUUCGAACGUGGAACAGAGCAGGGCUUCUGCUGACCACCCAAUUUCAACAUGGUUCAGGGGGCUUCAUCCUCGGCCUUAAUGAUGGUAAACUCACACUGAAUCUCUCCCAGCCGGGACAGUCAUCCAGGAACAUCACAGCAGGAGAUAGAUUAAAUGAUGGGCAGUGGCAUUCUGUGUCCUUAUCUGCUAAAGGCAAUCACCUGAGUGUGAUGGUGGAUGAUGACAUUGCUUCUGCUGCCCAUUCCCUCCUGCUUAGGCAGAUUGAUUCGGGUGACACCUAUUAUUUGGGAGGCUGUCCCGACAACAGCUCUGGCUCUGGACUCCACGGCCCACCGUGGGGAUUUCAGGGCUGCCUGAGGCUCAUCUCCAUUGGCGACAGAGCGGUGGAUCUCAUCUCAGUCCAGCAGGGGGCGCUGGGGAGCUUCAGCGAUCUGCAGAUAGACGCUUGUGGCAUCACGGACAGGUGUUUGCCCAGCUACUGUGAACAUGGUGGUGAGUGUUCCCAGUCCUGGAACACCUUCUCCUGCGACUGUGCAGACACUGGUUACGUGGGAGCGACUUGCCAUUCCUCUCUCUACAAGCAGUCAUGUGAAGCCUAUAAACACAAAGGGAACUCUUCGGGGCUCUACUACAUUGACUCAGAUGGAAGUGGCCCCCUGGGACCAUCUCUUGUGUAUUGCAAUAUGACAGAUACCACGUGGACCUCAAUACAGCACAAUGGUUCCCACUUGACCAGAGUCAAAAGCUCUAAUGGAGAAAACCCACAUGCCACCUUUUUCAAGUACACAGCCAGCCUGGACCAGCUCCAGGCCAUAAUUAAUCACGCAGAGCACUGCCAACAGGAGCUGGCUUUCCACUGCAAGAAGUCAAGGCUUUCAACUCAUGUUGAUGGAACCCCACUGAGCUGGUGGCUUGGAGGAACCAAUGAAACACACACUUACUGGGGAGGUUCUCUGCCUGAUGCUCAAAAGUGUACUUGUGGAUUAGAGGGAACCUGCACUGAGUCUCGAUAUUACUGCAACUGUGAUGCUGACCGGAGUGAAUGGACCAGUGACACCAUAGUCCUUUCUCGUAAGGAGCACCUGCCGGUCACUCAGGUUGUCAUGACAGACACGGGACGACCCCAUUCGGAAGCAGCUUAUACCCUGGGACCUCUGCUCUGCCGGGGAGACAAUUCAUUUUGGAAUUCAGCCUCCUUCAACACUGAGACAUCAUAUCUUCAUUUCCCGGCGUUCCGUGGGGAGCUCAGUGCCGACGUGGCUUUCUUUUUUAAGACCACGGCUUCCUCCGGGGUGUUUGUGGAGAAUCUGGGGAUCACAGACUUUUUCAGGCUGGAACUGCAUGCUCCUGCGGAGGUCACCUUUUCCUUUGAUGUGGGGAAUGGGCCUUGUGAGAUCACGGUGCAGUCACCCACACCCUUUAAUGACAACCGGUGGCACCACGUGAGGGCAGAGAGGAACGUUAAAGAAGCCUCGCUUCAAGUGGAUCAGCUCCCACAGAGGACCCAAGCGGCUCCCCCUGACGGGCAUGUCCGCUUACAGCUCAACAGCCAGCUCUUCGUGGGUGGGACGGCCACCCGCCAGAGAGGCUUUCUGGGCUGCCUCCGUUCCCUGCAGCUGAACGGGAUGGCCCUGGAUCUGGAGGAAAGAGCCACGAUGACCCCGGGAGUGGAGCCAGGGUGUCCGGGGCACUGCAGCAGCUACGGACACUUAUGUCGCAAUGGCGGGAGGUGUAGAGAGAAGCCCAGGGGGAUCGCUUGUGACUGCACCUUCUCUGCCUACACCGGGCCAUUCUGCUCAGACGAGAUUUCUGCAUAUUUUAGAACUGGCUCCUCGGUGAUCUACAGUUUUCAAGAACAUUCCAAUUACUCCUUCAGUAAGAACUCCAGCUCCCUGGCAGCUUUAUUUCGUGAGGAGGUAACACUGAAUAGAGAAAUGAUUACUCUGAGCUUCCGAACUACAGGAACUCCCCGAUUACUGCUUUAUGUGAGCUCCUUCUAUGAGGAAUAUCUUUCGGUUAUCCUCGCCCAAAAUGGAAGUUUGCAGAUCAGGUACAAGCUAGACAGACAUCAGCAACCUGAUGUUUUUAACUUUGAUUUUAAAAACAUGGCUGAUGGACAGCUUCACCAUGUCAAGAUUAACCGAGAUGAAGCUGUGGUCUUUGUAGAGGUUAACCAGAGUGCAAGGAGACGAGUCAUCCUGUCAUCAGGUACAGAAUUCAACGCCCUCAAAUCCCUUACACUGGGGACAAUUUUAGAUCCCUCAGGCGCCGACCCGGACACGCGGCGCGCUGGAGCGCACGGCUUCACCGGCUGCCUCUCAGCCGUGCGCUUCGGCCAGGCGGCUCCGCUGAAGGCGGCGCUGCUGCUCGGCGGCCCUGCGCGGGUCACCAUCCGCGGCCACGUGGCCGCCACGGCCCGCUGCGCGGCGGGGACGGGGCCCGGUUCCCCUGUUCCGGAGUUGACCCGGCGGCUCGCAGGUCGUUCGGGACCAACAGAUGAGGGGGAGCCCUUAGUUAAUGCAGACAGAAGUGACUCUGCUGUAAUCGGAGGUGUGAUAGCAGUUGUGAUAUUUAUCUUCCUCUGCAUCACUGCCAUAGCCAUACGCAUCUGUCAACAGAGAUGGCUAUACCAAAAAAAUGAGUCAGAUAUCUCAAAAAAGGGAGAUGAUGCUGAGACUGCUCUGAAAAGUGAACUCAACGUGCAAAAUGCAGUCAGCGAAAGUCAGAAAGAGUAUUUCUUCUGAUGGGCAGCCGUGGUUGACUUGUACUAUGACAGUGUGACAUUCUUGCUAAGACAGGGGCUUUCUGUGGAUGAAAACCCAGCUCUUGUCCUCCUGGUACAUGAAGUGGACGUGCCACGCCGCCGAUAUGCCCACUGCCAGCCUCACAGAGGGUGCUGGGAGGCCCUGCCCAAUGAUGCCAGUUCUUUCCUUGUCUAUUUAUGUAACUGCGAGUUAGGCGUGGUCAUUAAUCUCUGGUUGGCAGUUUCUGACUCUGCUGACCUGAUCUUCUAAAACUGAAAUGUAAUUUGCAUAAUGACAGUAAGUUUCAAAAGAGAACAAAACUUUGAGCUGUGGCCUUAUUCUCUUACAAAAGGCAACAGAGAAGUUUUGUUUAGAGGUAAAUGUCAAUGCUGGACUUUCAUGUUUUGUGGAAACCUAUUGCUGCAGUCCCUUCGUCAGUUCCCUGCUGACCUUUGUAAAACAGGAAAUGGGUCUCAGAUGGCCUUUUGCUGGAUUUCUGUUUUCCUAUGAAGCCCACUGGCCAAAAAUGUAUUAGAGACCUGGAAAAAUAAUGCUUUGUAAAGUUGAUUCCUUUUUCUAUUUGGCGCUUAAAUCACUCUGGAUACAUUUUAGUGAUGAAAUUAGUAUUGAAUUUGGCUAUGGAAUUGUAGUACUGAUUUCGAUUACAAGACAAAUUCCUGAAUAGCAAAAUAUAGAGAGGAUUUCAGUGGGUGAUAACUUGCUUAUUUUUCUUUGUAAUUUGUCAUACUGAUCUUUGUAAAUUAUAAUAAUGAACACCUCCCAUCGAGUUAAAAAAAAUGCAUAUCUUCUAACUAGACUUGUCCCCACACUAUAUUUAACACUGCAAAUUUAUCUUUCAACCACAUCUGGAUAAAACAUAAUCCUCAAUUUAUUUCCCUUCAACAUGGAGUGAUUAGGUCAAUUUUUCUUUGUAAAUCUGCAGUUCUCUUUCUCUGCAAGUUACCACAACAAUCCUUUGAUUCCCUGUGACUGUCCAUUUAUUAGGAAAAAAGUCACAUUUUUUAACUGAAGCUCUCCCUUUUGAAAUUUUGAACUCACCUAGGCAAAAUUUUAUCCGUCUCAUCUAGUUACUCUGGAAUAUCAAGAGAAAGAUGCUGAUGCUAAGAACAGAUGCAGGUUAUCCAGUUCGAACUAAGUCUGACAUUCUGCAUGUCUCUAGGAUUAUGGGUCAAUUUCUUACACAGCAGCCUAAAGCAACAUAUGCUAUUAGUUGGGUCAUGUCAUUUUAAGAUGCAUACACAUGCUAGGAGAGCAAGGACUUCAUCUGAACUAUGGAAAUUUUUCCAGUAACCACUUUUGAUGUCCAUGGAGCCACCAUUUGCAUUCAGUACGUCAAUUAUCAUAAAAAGGUGCUACACUCUCCACAUCCCAUCUGCCCUGUGCCUGCCAAGUAUUAAUCAGAUUAUUUACUCUGUCCACACCAGGACUUCAACCUUGCUAUUAUCUUUUGAGUGUCCACCCCCUUUUCUGUGUGCUUUUUAAGGAAUGCAAAAAGAUAUCCUUUCUAUUAAGUCUUUUCUCAAAAAACAAUUGUCUUUUCUUAUAGCAUUUGUAUUACUUUUCUAUAAGGUGUAGCCAAUUACCAUGAACUUAAUACAACAUAUAUUUAUUAUCUCACAGUUUCUGUGGGUCGAGAGCUGGGCAUGGCUGCACUUAUCAAGUGUAGGCCAGGGCUGGGCUCUCAUCCAGACACCCGACUGGGGAAGGAUUCUCUUCCCUGCUCAUGCGGUUGUUGGCAAACUUUGGUUCCUUCCUGCUGUGGGAUUCAUGGCAGAUUACUAAGGAGGGGGAGACUUUAGUAUGAGCUUGCUAGCAAAAAGGAGACUCGUGUCAUGAGUCAUGGAAUGUAAUGAUGGGGGUGGCAUUGCAUCACUUUUGCCCUAUUCUGUGGGGUAGAAGCAAGUCACCAGUUCUGCCCACACUCAAAGGGUGUAAGUUUCUUAGGGGCAUGCACUAGCAGGCAGGGAUCAUGGGAGCCACCUCGAAGUCUGUCCACCACAGUACUGCAUCUGUAUUGAUGUUUCUUUGAAUGAAUGAUGAAGGAUUUUAAAGAUCUCAAAAUGAUAGACGUACUUUUCCCCCACAGGCCUAUGUAGGCUGUGGAAAGAUCCAAAACAGAUAUAGUAGACUCUAUUUAAUGCAUAGCUGAACGUAAACAUUGUGAAAACACUGCAGAUUUUACAAGUGAUCAUCUUAGGACCCAGAAGAAUUCAUCACUUUGAUGGCUUGAAUUUUACAGAGUUAUAGAAAGUGAAACCCACUGCAGUCUGCUCUUUGCUCUAGAGAAACAACAAAAUAGUUGCACCCAUUGCAGUGAUAUAUUAUCCACUUUCCCUUACUGAUUUGUAAACUUUACCUGCUUAUUUGUGAAUAAAAUAGCGUUUUUGAAUUAAAUUAGGAAAAUAUUUAAGAGAAGUUGGAUGAGAUUUGAAUUAUGGAAGCAUAUUGCUUAUUCCCUAAAAUAUUAUAAAAUGUGCAGGUGUAUACUUUUCUGUAGUGCUGUGUGUAUUAUUUUACCCCUUCUGUAUAUAUGGGGAGCAUGAAUAUUGUGAUCUGUUAACAUUUUUAUAAGUGUUUAAAUUAUCAAACACAAAGUGAAAGAAAUAGGUAAUGUUUACUAUUUACUACAAAGUACCUAUGAAUGUAGUUAUUUAAACCUAUGCCAGAUAACAAUCAUUUAGUAAUCAGUUAUUUGUUGAAUGGUUGCCACGUACUCAAAAUGAGUUAAACAUACUUUCCUCCGAGAGCUGGGUUACUAAGCCCUAUUUGAAUACACAGAUUCCAGUUGCAGGUACCAUCCUUCUAUGAAAUAAAAGGUAAAAGAGAAUCAUUCCCCCAAUUAUAUUUUCAAAUAAAAAAGGAAAACAGCAUAUUAUUUACACACAUUAUUGGGUGUGGAACUUGGGAACUUCUCUUCAGGAUGACGUGA